AUGGCCAAAAUUUCGUUCAAGGAUUCUCUGAAAGCUCUCCAAGCCGAUAUCCAACACGCUAACACUGUAGCUUUAGAUUACCCUCGGGAGAAGGAUGGAGCUCGUGUUCAAAUGAGACUCUCAUACAACCCAGCUGCUCAGUUCUUGCUUUUCCUUGUACAAUGGACUGACUGCCACCUGGCAGGCGCUCUCGGCUUGCUCAGAGUUCUUAUCUACAUGACCUAUGCUGAUGGGAAAACCACAAUGUCUGUUUACGAGAGGAAGACCAGCAUCAAAGAUUUCUACGCUGUGAUAUUUCCGUCGCUGUUACAACUAGAGAGAGGUAUCACUGACGUGGACGACCGGAAACAGAAAGAGGUCUGCAAGAUACGGUACAGAAACAAAGACGAGAUGGAAAAGGUCAAGCUCUCGGAGAUUGACAUGGAGAGAGAAGAAGAAUGUGGGAUUUGCAUGGAGAUGAACAGCAUGGUUGUUCUCCCCAACUGUACACAUUCUUUAUGUAUCAAGUGUUACCGCGAUUGGCAUGGGAGGUCAGAGUCGUGCCCUUUUUGCCGGGACAGUCUUAAGAGAGUAAACUCUGGAGACUUGUGGAUGUUGAUGGAGAGAUCGGACACGGUCAAUCUCCAUACAAUCGAGAGGGAGAACAAGAAGAGGCUGUUUCUGUACAUAGAGAAGCUACCUGUAGUGGUUCCAGAUCAAGUGUUUGCGUCUUCUCCUUAUGAUUGUCAUGUCAAGUGA